CCUUCCCAGGUCCGAAGCAGAACGCUUCACGACAUCCCCACCAGCCAACAAAGGGGCCUACCCAGUGUACAUCCUUGAAGUUGGAUACACCUCUGACCUGCACCACAGCGAGAAGCUCAUUCAAAAACAAGCACAGCACGCCACCCUUGCCACUGCCAUGCGAGCUGCAGGGUGGACUGUGCACUACGAUACCCAACACGUUAUUACACUGGGCCACGGUGGCACUGUCCCCCGUACCCUUGAAACUCUCCUCAAAGACCUAGGAGCCAAACCGCAGGCAGCCAAGGCCUGCUGCACACGUCUCCACAUGCAUAGCGUCACCACACUCCGGGGCACCGCAAACCUGUACUACCGGCUAGAGCGAGAGAUGGGCAUUGCCAACACCCGAUGCCGCCCGGGAGGCCGCACCCAGGGGACCGCCAAUGGCGGCCCCCGUGCAGGGGAGCCGGGGGUGCUUGUUGUCGGUGGGGACUGGAACUGUGUCACCGAUGCCAGUCAGGAGGCGGCCCCUAGCCCGUCACGUGCUGCAGGUGCCCCGCAACUUGCCAGCCUCCUCGCCCAGUUCGGUCUGGUGGACCCUUGGGCGAGCAAGCGUGGCGGCGCCAAGGGCUACACGCAUCCGGCCACGCCCAAGCCGGCCACUCCUGCACGCCUGGAUCGGUGGUAUGUCAGUGCCACCGCGGCGCCGUGGGUGGUGGAUGUCGCUCGCACGUAUGGGGCGCCUGGGGACCACAACGGUGUGCUGCUCACCCUGUCCUUGCCCGACCUGCCACAUGCGCACCGGGAGCAGUGGCGCUUCCCCACAUACCUGCUGUUUCACCCCUCGCUGCGUUUGGAGCUCGAGCAGCGCUUGGAGGCGCACGUUGCCGCAAAUCCCGUGGCCAGUACAGGUGACGGCGCUUGCACGCAAUGGGAGUCGGACAAGUUCUUCUUGCGGGAGGCCGCCACCAGCAUCCACCGUCGGCAUGCACGCCAGACCCGGGAUGGGCUGCAUGGCGUGGUGCUGGCCGCAGACACGGCCGCUGCCCUGGCCGACCGGCCGGGUGCCAGCGCCGCGCAGCGUCAGGCUGCGGCCAUGGCCAACUUGGCGGUGCGGGAGGAGCGGGCAGCUGCCGCAGCGGCCAGCCACAAUGCCCGCGCUGCACUGAUGGAGGAGCAUGGGGAGCGGGGCACUCCCUGGUUCCAUCGGCAGGCUGACGAGCCAGCAGCCGGCGCGCAGGAGCCCAUCACGCACUUGAAGGUGCCGGGGCAACCGGCGCCUGUGGCGCUCACGGGGCUGGGCACGCGCAACACUGUCUCCGCAGCCGCCGCAGCCAUGUACAGCAGCACCAGCCCCACCGGCCUGUUCCGCGUGCAGCCGGUCUGUACGGCGUCGCAGCAACAGCUUCUGGCGGCCAUUGACCGCAAGGUUCCGGCGGAUCUGCACGCCGCCGCAGAGGGGUCCGGUGACGGCGCCCUCAGUGAUGCCGAGCUGAUGGCAGCGCUGGCUGGCUCCGCCAAUGGUAAAGCACCUGGGUCGGACGGGGUUCCGUACGAGGUGUACAAGGUCUUCUGGGCACUGCUGGGCCCGCGCUUGUGUGCUGCUGCUGCCGCUGCCUUUGUUGCCGCUGCAGACGCCCACGAUGGCGGCGAAAUGGCGGCGGCGCUGCCUGCUUCCUGGCGGGAGGGCAUCAUUACGCUCAUCUACAAGGGCAAAAGCCUGGACCGCGCCGAGCUGGCGUCCUACCGGCCCAUCACGCUGCUCAACUGCGACUUCAAGAUGGUGUCCAAGGCCGUCAGCGCCCGCCUGCAGCCCGCCCUGGAUGCAGUUGUGGAUGAGCUGCAGACCGCGUUCAUCACCGGCCGCUGGAUUGGAGACAACGCGCUGUACCUCCAAGGCCUGAUCGAAUGGAUGCGCCUGGACGUGGGCGCGGACGGCACGCCACGGCAGGGUGGUGCGCUGUACUUCUUGGACAUUGAAAAGGCGUAUGACCGGGUGCACCGGCAGUGGCUGUAUGCGUCCGCGGAGGGACUUGGGUUUGGGCCGCGCAUGCUGCGCUGGAUCCGCCUGCUCACUGCCAACGGCUCUGCCCGCGUGUGUGUGAACGGGAUGCUCUCUGACGCCUUCCCAGUGCUGAACGGCUUGCCGCAGGGCAGCACCGCCUCACCACCCCUGUGGGUCAUCCAGAUGCAGCCACUGACGUCCUUUCUGCGGCGGCAGGUGGAGCAAGGGGCACUGCGCACGCCCCUGUUACCCAGUGGCGAGCAGGCGCCACCGGCUGCCCACCACGCUGACGACACGACCCUCACGGCGCGCGACCCGGCGGUGGACGGGCCGGUCCUGAUGGCGGCAGUACAGCUGUUCUGCCGCGCGUCUAACGCCCGUGUCCAUCCGGACAAGAGCAAGGCCAUGGGCCUUGGCAGGUUUGCGCACCUGACGGGCCCUUGCCCACACACGGGGGUGCCGUUUACCACUGGCGCCGUGACGCACCUGGGUGUGCCCCUGUCGUGGGACUCUGAUGCGGCUGCAGCUGACUUGUACACCCGGCGGGCUCGCGGCAUGGCGUUUGUGGCGCGUCUGUGGGCUGCCCUGUCUCUGACUCUCGUUGGCCGUGUGCACAUUGCGAAGCAGGUGUUGGCGGCGAAGCUGGCCUACCACUUCAGCUUCCUCAACCCGUCGCCUGCGCAGCUGAAGGAACUCACCGACCUGGUGGACCACUUUGCUGCGCGCUCCAUGCACGCUGAGGACGCCAGCCUGGUGUCGCACGGGAACCCGCUCCUGCUGCCAAAGCGGGAAACGGCCUGUCUGCCGUACAAGGAUGGGGGUGUCAACCACGUCGACCUGCCUGCGUUCCUGUCUGCCCUGCAAGCUAAGACCUUCGCCCUCCUUGCCCAGCCAGGCCGGCAACCCUGGAAGAUGCUCACCCGGGCGCUGCUUACUCAUGUGCGCCCGGACUCCGCCACCACGUGGGCGUGGGUGUACAGCGACGCGCCGGCGCCCGCGGGGCUGCCUGCCCGGCUGGCGGCCGCGGUCGGCCACGUGCGGGGCGCGGGCGUGGAACAGCAUCCACCGCAGCCAGCCACUCAGCCGCCAGCGGCGCCGCCACAGUGGCGGGUUAGCCUGGAUCAGCUGUGGGUGGCUAACGCUGCGGGGGCUGUGUCCUACGUCCACUACACGGGGCGGCUCUUGGAGCCUGGGCCUGGCGUGCUGCCCCCGGCGGUGGAUGGGGCGUGGCAGCCUGCCUGUGUGCUGCAGCAUCGCAAGCCGCGGCACCUGUGGACCUUUGAAGAGCGGGCGGCGUACGAUGCAGCAUCACCAGGGGACCGGGCGGGGGCGUGGCCUCGGGCGCCGUACUUCCUGGCGCCGGAGGCUGGGGUGGUAGUGCACCCGGAGCACUGCCGGAUUGCGGGUGUCAGCUUAGCGGACUACACGGUGCGGGACGUGCGGCGGGCCAUCACCGCGGCCAACCCGGCCGCACCUCCGGCUCCGGCCCGCCCCGCAGCCAUGCCGUGCCCGGCGCCAACACAGCAGGCGAGGGAUUCGGGGCCCCAGCCGGUGGCACAGUCGCGGCUGGCGGAGCGGGAGGCGGAGUGGCAGCGUGCAGCGGCGCAGCUGACCACCACGGCGGCGCAGCAUUUCCACAAUAACCCGGUGGCUCUGGACCCCUGGCUCCACCGCACCUCCGCGGCAGCCGGGCUGCAGAACACGCCGGCGAGAGAACUGCAGUCGUAUGCGUCCCCGUCCCAGCAGUCAGGUGAGGGGCCGCGGCGGUCCGCGCGGCUGCAGGAGCAGGCGGCGGGAGGGGCGGGACCUAGCACUGGGCCUGCCACAGCGGCGGCGGCAGCAGCGGCGGCGGUGGAGGGCGACCCUCGCAUGCCGCCCCCGGAUGCGUCCCUUCUGCGGGGUACGUGGCGGAGGCUGUGGGACAGCCACGCCAGUCGGGGGGCAAAGGUGCUGGUGUACCGGCUGCAACAUGCUUACCUGCCUUGCGGGCUGUACAGGGCGGGCAAGGGCAUUCGGCCACGGGUGACCACGGGGUGCGGGGGGUUGGGGGCGCACUGUCCUCACCCCGCCUGCGGGCCACCUGGCCCGCGGGCGUGGGCCAGCCUGACGCACAUCUUCCUGGAGUGUCCAGCUUAUGCGCAGGCGAGGACGUGGCUGCAGCAGCUGUGGGCCUGCGUUGCGCCCCAGGCAGCGGCGCCGCCAGUGACGGACGCGGGCUUCAUGCUGGGGGACCGCAUGGGUAUGUGGGCCUCAGGCCCGCGGGGGGCGGGCGCGCUGCUGUGGAGCACUUUGCGGGCCACCUUCUUGUACGCCGUCUGGUGUGCGUACUGGUCCCGCGAGCCUGCUAAGCAGACGUCGGAGCAUGUGGUUCGGGAGGUGGUCAGCGAGCUGCGCAGGGUGAUGCAGCUGCGUUUCACUGCCGCCACGCUAACCCCUGAAACCCUGUCGGCUCUGCCCACUCAGCUUCUCACCGCACAGCUCAAGGCGGCUAAGCUGGAGCACUUUGUUGCCAUCUGGUCGGCGGGUGGCGCGCUUUGUGAAGUGGAGGAGGUUCAGGCUCUGGCUGGCGUCGCAGCGCCUGGGCGGCUGUGGGACUUCCUGCACAGCGCGUCUUGCAGCGGGCUGGAGCCCGCUUAGUCAGCGCCACAUCUGGCCCGUUUAGUUUUCGGCUUGUGUCUCCUCUGCCUCCUGGGGUGUUGCUUAAGCAACCGACUUGUGGGGGUGGGGUGGGUUUGGGCGGGGCGAGUGCGUAGCGCUGGUGUUUCUUUUUCUGGCGCGCGGUGAUGGUGGUUCUUGCGGUUAGGCUGUGGUGUAGGUUGGUGCUUGGGUUAGGUCUGGCGGUGUUUUUGUGCAACCCCUCCCGGGGGGCGGGGGGGCCAGCCUCCUGCUCUGUCUGCCGGGUCGGGGUGGGGUGGGGUGGGAUGGAUGGGGGUGGUUGGUGGCGGUUUUUGAGGUGUUUGUUUUCUGUUUUUCUUCUCUUUUCUUCUCU